CGUCAACGUUACUUUUAUAUCUCCCUCGUCUAGUCGGGAUUCCCUAAGAGAAAUUAAGUCAAGUCAAAUCCUCAGCCGCUUUUAUAGGAAGAUGAGCGGAAAGGGCACUCAACGCCAGGUCCGUCUGCCCUUCAUCAAGCUUAGAAUUGUUGUUAGAAAGGGUAGACUGCGCAGGAAAGGAUUCGGGUGGGGGAGCGGACGUGGUCCAGGUGGUGGUAGAGGUGCUGGAGGAGGGUUUGGAGGCGGAGCUGGUGGAGGAGGAGGUCUUGGGGGAGGAGCAGGAGGUGGAAUAGGUGGUGGAGCAGGUGGUGGUGUUGGUGGCGGCAUUGGUGGUGGUGCGGGAACUGGAGGAGGUGUUGGUGGAGGUGGUGGAUGUGGUGGUGGUGGUGGAGGAGGUGUAGGUGGAGGGUCAGGUCAUGGUGGUGGGUUUGGAGCUGGAGGAGGUGUAGGAGGGGGCCUUGGUGGUGGAGCUGGAGGAGGUGGAGGAGGAGGAGGAGGUGGUGGUCUUGGAGGAGGGUCAGGCCAUGGUGGUGGAUUUGGUGCAGGUGGUGGAGUUGGGGUCGGAGGUGCUGGAGGAGUAGGAGGAGGAGGCGGAUUUGGAGGUGGUGGUGGAGGUGGAGUAGGAGGAGGAUCAGGUCAUGGUGGUGGUUUUGGUGCGGGUGGAGGUGUAGGUGGUGGGGCAGGAGGAGGAAAAGGAGGGGGAAUAGGAGGUGGACAUGGUGGAGGAAUUGGAGUUGGAAUUGGAAUUGGUAUAGGAGUCGGUGUUGGUGGCGGUUCCGGACAUGGUGUUGGAGUAGGGAGUGGGUCGGGUAGCGGUGGUGGCGGUAAUGGCCGAUAA